GUAAUUUUUUUUGUGUGAUGGCAAGGUUGUUGAAUUUGUUUAACAGUAUACUGGAAACCAACACACAACCCAAAAAAGGAAGAAUGGUUGGGAAAAACUAUUUAUGUGCAGAUUGGAAGCAAGAGCUAGUUACAUUUUCAGAGUUCCUUGAGCGGAUAAGGUCGCAUGGCUGUUCUCCUGGUGGUCCUACAUAUCUUGCUCAGCAUCCAUUAUUUGACCAGAUAAAUGAGCUUCGGAAAGAUAUCUUUAUUCGCGACUAUUGUUUUGCUGGUGGAGGGGAGCUAAGACCUCUCAAUGCUUGGUUUGGUCCAGCUGGAACAGUAACACCAUUACACCAUGAUCCACAUCAUAACAUACUAGCACAGGUUGUCGGGAAAAAGUACAUUCGGCUUUAUCCAGCAUCUAUGUCUGACGAACUUUUUCCCUACUCGGGCACCAUGCUUAGCAAUUCCAGCCAGGUAUUUAGGUUUCUUAACUGUAAAAUUGAGUUAUUUCCUGUACAGUCUACUUGUGCCUUUGCUUGGAAGAAUACCAUAUCACUGCAACCCAUUUGAAUGGCCAAAUAACUCUUGAAGUAUUUCAUUAAUUCAGUAUAUUUUCUUACUGUCUUAUUUUU